GGAAAAAUGAGUGGCAGCCACAGGAGAACGAGGGGCGGCUGCGUGAACUGCAAGAAACGCAAGCGCAAGUGCGACGAGCAGAGACCUGGAUGUAUGGCCUGUAUAGAUCGAAAUAUACAAUGCGAGGGGUAUGCACAUCCGGUACGGUGGGUCGAGGGCAUAGCGUCCAGAGGUCGCUUCGUGGGUGUGAGGGAUCCGGGACUGCUCCUGCAACCGGUGGAGGCGACAACAGCGGCACCGACUGUUGACCGUGUCACCUCUUCGAGUCCUGCUGACACUGCGCACACAACGCCACUGCAAUUUCCCGGCGAUACUUUGCACAUGGCAGAGGAAGACCAGAACCGCAUCUCAGACGAAGAGAGCAUCGCAUUUGAAAAAUUUCUAGUUACAGGACUCCAUCAGCUCUGUAACGCCGAGAUCUACGGUUGGCUGUCCGUCUUCUUCCGGGCCGUGUCGAAGGAGUCAAGAGCUCUGCCGCUUGUGGGAGCUGCACUCCAAGCAUACUACGAUAAUGGUUGGACGGUGACUGCCAUGGAGCGCAUGGACCGUGCGAUCCGCACAUUUCGCACUGAUCUGGAGAUCCUUGGCAGCGAGCGCCGCUCUGCCACCAUUUGUAGUGGACUGCUUAUAUGUACCAUGUGUUUGUACCAGACCAGACCAAUAACGCCAUAUCUCCGUCUCCUGGCUGACAUGCACAAUCUCAAAGGCAGCCUGGAAGGCUUAACGCCGAAUCCACUUGUGCAUGUUCCCUCGCAGCACGUGUUGGAGGUUCUGGGCGUCAUGGACAUGACAUCAUUCCUGAUCGGUCGUCUCCACCCCAGCCUCGGCAUCUGGAAGCGUGUGCGUGAUUUGCGAAGUGAUACCAGUCAUCGCGUGCUGGGCGACAUCGAGGUGGUAACAGGCUUGCCAAGGACUCUACUGGAUAUAUUCUCUGAGAUCACCGAGCAGUGCGAUGUUAAUAGCCAGGUCGAGGCUAUGUUUUGGGGUUGGAGGGGCUGCGUGGGAACCCUUGACCAGUGUCAUCUUUGGGAUUCUUGGCGAUACGCGGGUAUCCUGGACAUUCGUCGCCGCUUGCGACGUCUAUGGGCAUCCAACGCGCCAUGCGGAAGCUCUGUCUUCGACAAUCUCGACCAAGCCGCCAAUAACGAAGCGGUCCUCUGUCGCCUCAUUGCAUCCCUCGACGCACUGAGUCGCAAGGCGAAGACGGUUGGUGGUCUUGAACCCUCAUUCUUGAACAAGGGACUGAUAUUCCCCUUCACGUUGGCAAAUCUCGAGGUCCCUCUGCUCAAGAUCAACCCAUCAUGGAAAUCCACGCUGGAAGACUUUCAGUCGGUUUUUUUCUCCAAAGAUGACGUUACCCUCGGCGGUAGUGCCGUACUUACAUUGAUCAACCAAGCUUGGGAGGCGGGCACACACUCCUUCGAUAUUGAUCAAGCAGCCAGAGAACGAGGCAUCGAAAUCGGUAUUUUUUAAAGAGA